AUGACUGACUCGGAGGCCGAGUGUUUAAGCCUGAGUCUGGCCUCGGAGGGCGGUUCCCCCCUUGACCCGGGCGGCCACCCCUCGCUGGCUCUCCUUUCGUCAGACGGCCCCGCGCCCACGCUGAGUUCGCUGGCGGCAGAGGUGGCCGAACCGUUGGUCAUGCUGCCGUGCGUCAAAGCCGAGCCCGAAGACCUGGACGACUUGGAGCGCCUGGAGCCCGUACGCACCGUGGACCUUUCCGAGAUCCAGCCGCUGUCUACCGCCGAACUGGGCCGCGAGCAGAUUAAGAUGGAGAUCAGCGGCCUGGACUACAUCAAGGCUGAACAUCAGCGCGCCGACCUAGACCACAAUCUGGACCCCUUCCGCCACGCCGACGACAUGGACUACAAGUCGCACUACGAGACUGGCUACGUAUUUGAUUACAUCUCCCAGGUGAGCGACACACUGGAUUACAUCAAGUCAGACCACCACGUGGACCUUCAGUGUUACUACGCAGCGGAGCUGGGCGAGCCGGACCCUGCGGCACCUACGCAGCUGGUGGUGCCUCCGCACAACGCCCUGGAGUCUAUCCACAUGGCCGAACUGCGCAGCGAGCUCAACAAACUACGACCCGAUUCGCUCCUGCUGCUGGACGGGAUGACUAAGCCUGAAGCCGAUUUCCCGUAUCAGGCAGCUGCGGAUGAGACCAAAGCGGCGGCGGUGGGGGCGACCGGCUCUGCUAAAGGCCCACCGCCGAGGAGGCCGCGCAACAUGCAGGGCGAGAAGCCCUUCUCGUGCACGCAGUGUGGCAAAAACUUCAGUACCCUUGGCAACCUGAAGACGCACCAGCGCAUCCACACGGGUGAACGGCCAUACUCGUGCGCGCAGUGCGGCAAGAGUUUUGGCCAGGCGGGCAACCUCAAGCGCCACCAGCUCAUCCACACGGGCCAAAAGCCCUACGUGUGCGCCCACUGUCCCAAAGGCUUCACCAAGGCCGACGACCUGCGUGCCCACCAGCGGCUACACACAGGCGAGCGGCCCUUCGCCUGCCCCGUCUGCGCCAAGACCUUUGGCCAGGCCAAGGAGCUUAAGGCGCACCGGUUGAGCCACGCUGGCGAGAGGCCUUUCUGCUGCCAGCACUGCGGCAAGAGCUUCAGCAAGGAAGCAGCGUACCGAGACCACCUCCGCGCGCACGACGACAUCGGCGCCGCCACCCAACCCAGGCCUUUCACCUGCUCGCACUGUGGCAAGACUUUCGGCAACGCCGCCGUGCUCAAGACCCACGAGAAGAUUCACUCGGGCGAACGGCCUUUCGGCUGCGCCCAGUGCGGCAAAAGCUUCGGGCGCCUUGGACACCUCAAGGCACAUCAACACGUGCACACGGGCGAGCGCCCGCACGCUUGCUCACGCUGCGGGAAGACCUUCAGCCAGUCGGGCCACCUCAAGGCGCAUCAGCAAAUCCACAAACGGGAGCGCGCCGACGUCACUGACGCCCACUAG